GUUACAAAACAAUCCACUUUUGCUCUCCCUCUACCGAUAUAGAAACCUCUCCUCUUCUUCCUCUUUUUCUUUUCAUCUUCUAUUCUCUUUCCCCUUCAACAAGGUCUAUGCACUUCCACCCUUGUCUCAGAUCAGAUCUCAUCAUUUUGUCCAGUGUGUAACUGGAGUUUCAUAUCAACGGGAAGAAAGAAAACAUGGGUCGUGGAAAGAUCGAGAUCAAGAGGAUUGAGAACCCUACUAACAGGCAGGUCACCUACUCCAAGCGAAGAAAUGGUCUUUUCAAGAAAGCGCGAGAGCUCACUGUUCUUUGUGAUGCUAAAGUUUCUCUUAUCAUGUUCUCCAAUACUGGAAAAUUCCAUGAGUUCAUUAGCCCUACCACAACGACAAAGAAUGUGUUUGAUCAAUACCAGAAGGCUUUGGGGAUAGAUCUGUGGAAAACGCAUUAUGAGAGAAUGCAAGAGCACCUAAGAAAGCUAAGAGAGAAGAAUAAUAAACUGAGAAGAGAGAUUAGGCAAAGGAUGGGUGAGGAUUUAAAUGAUCUGAGCAUGGAUGAGCUGCACGGUCUUGAGCAAAGAAUGGCUUCUGCAUUGGAGGUAGUACGUGAAAGGAAGUACCAUGUGAUCAAAACACAGACAGACACCCACAAGAAGAAGGUUAAAAAUUUAGAGGAAAGACAUGGAGACCUCGUGCUAGAAUAUGAGGCAAAAUGUGAGGAUCCGCACUGUGGUUUAGUGGAUAAUGACGGAGAUUAUGAGUCUGCAAUUGCACUUGCAAAUGCGGCAUCCAACCUCUAUGCUUUCCGGCUGCACCACGGCCAUCUGGGGACUAACCUUCACCAUGGAGGAGGGUUUGGAUCCCAUGAACUCCGCCUAGCUUAAAUGGCUGUAUAUAGAAGCCAUUUAAUAAUUUCCCUCAAUAGACAUCUACGUAAACUAAUCUAAUCUAAUAUAAAAUCUGUUCUACGAAACGCAAUAUCUAAUUGAAUAAGAUCUUAGCAUUCAACUUCAAUAUACUUUGCUACAUAUAUAUGACCUGUAUUUGGCCUGAAAGUAGAAAUUGCGUUUCAGGGCAUGCCCUCUUUGUCUGUGAUAUAUUUAGUUGAAAUAUUUUUCUUAUUAUCGUCUCUGAUAUUUGGAACUUAAUGUAUUUGGAGAAAGUAAUUAAUGUCAUUUUCAGAAUACAAGUUCUCUUGCUUCUUGAA